AAUACUAAUCGGAAUUUUCCCAAAAAGAAAUGAAGCUUUAGAAGCUUGGAUCAGCGAAAACCAUCCCUCGCUCAUCUCCAGGUUGCAGAAAAUGAUAACUCGUCUACGGGAAGAAGCCUGACUCACCUGGUUAGACUUAAUGCAUCCCUCCUCAAUGGGGCAAUGCUAUGACUUUUAAGUAAAAGGAAUUAGCCCCUGGUCGUUUCCUCUCGGAAGUCCAUAGCAAUGGCAACACCGUUGUCGUCGUCACUAGCGACAGGUGGUGGUAGGAAUCAGGGCAACAAAGAAGGGACGGCUAAGGCCACGGUGGCUGAUCAGAUAUCUCAGGCGGUUCUUUCAACCUCCAACCUCCUCCACCUCAUGCAGCAAUCCUCUCCUUCUCAGGCCCACUUAAUGAAGCUCCCAAAGAACCUUUUGGAAAAAACCUCAACCAUCAAGAAUACAGGGCAUAUGCUGGAGCAGAUGCCUAAGGUCAUUUCGUCUUUGGAUGCGCACAUGGAUAGUGCUUUCCAGUGUGUCCCAUAUCUGAACACUGUAGUUCAGUUGCUUUCUAACAUGGAAAGCUCCCAACUUAACUCUGUUUUUCAAGCUCAUCAGUCCCAGGAGGAAUGAGAGCUAGCAGAUAAACAUUUAGAGGCACCUUGCUGAUAUGUUACAAUUUACGACCUUAUUAUGGGGUGUACUUUUGGAAGAGAAUUCAGAAAGCAAACAUGAUAUUUAGCAAGUACUCAGUUGUGAUGUUUGACUGGUAUAUUGCCUUCUAUAAUUCAUCCGAGAUGGGCUUUAGCAUUUGCAUUAUCCACCCUUCUCAUCAGUCAUCACCAUAUGUUGGAAUGGGCAUUAAAUAUUUGGUUACAGAUUAUCAUAUUUUAGACUAUCAAGUUUGUAAAAAUKAGUAAGAUUAGAGAA